AUGGCACAGGGCAGUUUUCUAAGCCUGAGAGUAUUGUCGCUAGUGUGGACAGCAGCGAUCUGCAGGAGCGACAUAGGCGGAAGGCCGCCACUGUGCAUUACAUCCACCCUUGGGUUCCCAUAUGCUCGAUUGUCCGCCUGUUUGCCGAUAUUAAAUUAUAUAGUCGGUUUUGCUCUGCAUGUGGAACGUAGCCGUCGAUCUGCUGGGUCGUAUAGCGUCUCUCUAUGA